AUGUCUCAGUCAAAUGUUGAUCUCUCCUCUCAAUUUCUUGAAUGUCUGGCCGUCGAGCGCCAGGAGAGCUUCGAACAGACAUCUGAGCUGAUCUCGCGCGCCUCGCCCAAAAGCUUGAGUGCCAAUGGCCUAGCAGUGCUGAAUCUGAGAAUUGCGAACGUGCGGACUGGAAUUGGGGGCAAACAGAUCGUGGAGAUGGUUCCUCAUAGUUCUAUUGUCGGAAAAGACAAUGGGGCGAUCCAAACAGGUGACUUCAAGGUCGGUGACAUUGUCAAGUUGGACAAGUAUGGCUCCGAUAUGAACACUAAAAAGCUGAAAAACUCAUCUAAAAAGAAAGACGUUGACGAUGCCGAGGAAGCGAGUGUCCAGAUUGACGGUGUGGUGGUGCUUGUGAGCGAGCGGCAGAUCAACAUUGCUCUCAACUACGACUCAAUGACAGCCGAAGGUGCCACAAUUGAGGAGAAAGUCUACUCUCUUUACAACUCGGACGCUAAGGUAUGGCUUGUUCAGGUGGACAACGAGAUCACUUACAAUCGCAUGGAGUCAACAAUGAGGAAACUGGGCGAACUAGACUCUGAUACGGCGUCUGAGCUUGUGAAGCUUGUAUUGGGCAAGUCUGCAUUUAUCCCGCCUCCAUUAAAGUACCAAACGACAGAGCUCAAUUGGUUCAAUAAGAGUCUUAAUGCCUCUCAAAAAUAUGCAGUUCAGUUCUCGCUGGCAAGCAAUCUGAGCAUAAUCCAUGGCCCCCCUGGAACGGGAAAGACAAGCACCAUAGUGGAGCUCGUCAAACAGAUGGUGUGGAGGAAAAGAGAGUCUGAAGGCAGGAAACGUAUACUGAUCUGUGGGCCCUCCAAUAUCUCGAUCGAUACCAUACUGGAACGACUUUCGCCUUUUUUCUCAGACAACAACUACUCAAGGCUGGUCCGCAUUGGGCAUCCUGCGAGAAUUCUGCCCCAGAUUUUGCGUCACUCAUUAGAUCUCAUAGCAGAGAGCGAGUCAGGCGAGAUACUAGGAGAUAUUCUGCAAGAGAUCAAUCAGUUGACUCGGAAAAUCAAGAAAACAAAGAGCUACAGAGAGCGCAGAGAACUCUAUCAAACAAUCAAAGAGCUAAAGAAGGAUCUGCGUUUUCGAUCGAAGAAAGCAUACAGCGAUGUUCUCUCGAACUCGGAGGUCGUGACAGCUACUCUUCACGGGUCCUCGGCAAGAGAAGUCGUGAAUUGUAUCCGCGAAAGGGGAGAUUUGUUUGACACGAUCAUUAUAGACGAAGUUUCACAAGCCUUGGAGCCUUCCUGCUGGAUCCCGUUGAUAUAUCAUCAAUCUUUGAAACAGCUGGUCAUUGCAGGCGAUAACAAACAGUUGUCACCGACGAUAAAAACGAAGAAAAAUGCCAAAGUGGUCGAAACAUUGAGCAAAACGUUAUUUGAUAGAUUAAUCGAAGUGCACAGAAAUCACCAAGAGUUCACCUGCUUCCUUGACAUCCAGUACCGCAUGAACAAGAAAAUCAUGAGGUUUUUCAGUGAUGCGCUCUAUGGCGGAAGGCUCAUCGCUCAUUCCUCAGUCGAAAAUAUUAAACUUUCGGACCUGGGGUAUGUGAAGUCUCCCGAAGACGACAACGUUGCGGAGGAGAUCAUUUGGUACGAUACUCAGGGAGGCGACUUCCCGGAAGCAGACUCUGCUGAAGAUGAUUCAGCAGGUCUGCAAGCUUCGAGGUAUAACGAUGGAGAAUGUUUGGUGGUUCUGAAACAUGUUCGUUCUUUGGUGGAGGACCAUAACGUGAAGCAGAGAGACAUAGGAAUUAUUUCUCCGUACAGUGCCCAGGUGUCUUGCUUGCGAAAGCUCUUUCGAGAGGAGACGGAGCAUCCGUUUCCAGACAUCGAAAUCAGCACUGUGGACGGUUUCCAGGGACGCGAAAAAGAGGUGAUCAUUCUGUCAUUGGUGAGGUCGAACGACUCGCACGAUGUGGGAUUCUUGAAUGACUAUAGACGUAUGAACGUUUCCAUCAGUCGGGCCAAGCGCCAGCUGUGCGUUGUAGGGGACAUGGAAACAGUUAGCGAGAGCAAUGUGGUUUUCCUCAAGCAGUGGUGUGAGUGGUGCGAAGAAAAUGCCGAUAUUAGAUAUGUGGAUGUAAGCGAGUUAUGA